AGAGAGCCCACAAAGAAGAAAGUAAGAAGAAUGACAUCUCUUUUCAAGUAGCUAGGAAAUAUAUUGGAUCAAGUUCAGUUUUUGAGUUGCUUCUGUCCAAGAUUCUAUGCCUCACAAGGCUACUUUCCUAAGGGCAUUUUCUUUAUAAGGACAUAAUUGAGUACAACCAAGGCUUGUGAAGAUCUUGUCAAGGUGAAAAAAGACAUGCAAGAGCAGUUGUAGAAACUUUCAUAUAUUUUAGUUGAAACACCAAAGAAGUGCUCUUCAAGAUUACAGGACAAUCAUAUUUCACUUUAUUUAUAAGGUUUAGCUGUUUGGAUCCAGAAGGGGUGUUACAUAACAGAUAAUGUACUAUCAGCAGCAGCAGCAGCAGAUAGCAGCAAGAAACUUGCAUGCUUUAAGGAUGCACAGCCACACUGAGAGGCAUAUGAUGAUGCAAGGAGGCAAUGGGGCUUGUGAUUCAGGACUUGUUCUUUCAACCGAUGCUAAGCCUAGACUAAAAUGGACACCAGAUCUUCAUGAACGGUUCAUAGAAGCAGUCAAUCAACUUGGAGGAGCAGACAAAGCUACACCAAAAACAGUUUUGAAACUGAUGGGGAUUCCUGGACUUACUCUCUACCACUUAAAGAGUCAUCUACAGAAGUACAGAAUCAGUAAAAAUAUGCAUGGACAAACCAAUACUGCCAACAAUAAAAUUGAAGCAACAAGCAGAAUGUCAGAAGCAAGUGGAAUUCAAAUGAAACAUUUAAGCAUAGGCCUACAGACAAACAAAAAUUCAGAAAUUAAUGAUGCCUUACAGAUGCAAAUCGAAGUACAAAGAAGACUGCAUGAGCAGCUUGAGCAGGUACAGCGACACUUGCAGCUAAGGAUAGAGGCACAAGGGAAGUACCUUCAGGCAGUGUUGGAAAAGGCACAAGAAACACUAGGAAGACAAAAUUUAGGUGCAGAGGGUGUUGAAGCUGCCAAAGUUCAAUUAUCUGAACUGGCAUCAAGAGUAUCCUCUCAAAGUCUUGACACUAAAUUUUCAGAACUGAAAGAGCUACAGGUUCUGUGGCCUCAGCAAACACAAGAUGGCCAAGCCACUGAGUGUUCAAUGGGGAGUUUCUUAACCUAUAGUGAGGAAUCUCAAAGAGACAGAGAAACACAUAAUAUGAGCCUGAAUCUGAUAGCCUUCAAUGGCCCUCCAUUUUCAGUUUCAAAAGAUUGUGUGGAAGAGUCAAUGCAUUUGAAGCCUGAUCUCACAUUGAGUGAAGAUGUGAAGCAGAAUAUGAUGUUUCUUUCCUCAUCAAGUGAUGGUAAAGUAGUGAAGGGAGAUUUUUUACAAGAAGGGCCUUCAAGCCUCUUAUCCAUGAAUGUUGGAGUUCUAGAAGAGGAAAAAUUUGGGAGAACAACUCUUUCAAAGGAAGAAGGGUGGAAAGUAAGAGACAGCACUGAAACUGGGAGAAUGGCAGUUAAAUUGAACCAUGAGAAGAUUUCUCCAGAUUAUAGACUUCCAAACUUUGAAGUGAAACUGGACCUGAAUUCCCAUGAUGAUAAUGAUGCUUCUUCCCACUGCCAACAAUUUGAUUUGAAUGGUUUCAGCUGGAAUUGCUAGGACUUUUAGUGUGUAAAAUAUGGACAUGAAAGGCUAAGAAUAUUUCAUGCUUAGUUCCUACUCCAUGAGUUUUCACUUUUGGGGAGUAACUAGCAACUAGUUUUUGGCACAUGCCAAUUACAACCCUUUGACAAUAACUGAGAUGAAUAGAAUAAUUUGCUAUA